UCUUUGUCUACGGCAAAAUGGAAGCUGCGUUAACAUGGGUUUGUAGCUUCGCCGCAGACAAAGCUCGGGUUUGGCAACAAACACGAACAGUGACGUGUGGCGAACGUUUACUACUCUGUAGUAUCCAGUUGACUAAUUCUACUUCGAAGUUUACUAACUACCACGAGAAUAAAAUUGCUAUUUCGUACCGUCGUAACAACACGGAAGUAGCAGGUCGAGACUGUACAUUUCAGAUCGAAGAAGCGAGUUUCCGACAACUAAAGGUUUACUGCGUUUGUCGUCGUGCUGGGAAAGCCAUUGUGAAGCUAGACCUUGGAAAAUGGUACAUUAUUGAAGAUCAGAAUAUAUGCAUCGACAUACUACCCUCGUCUCCAGAAGGUUUGCGCGAUGUUCAAGUCGUCCACUGUGAGAAGUUCAAGGACGAGGAAGAUAGACCAAAAUUAAGGCACACGUCACAUAGUGCUUUCUAUGGAAUUAAAUCAUGCCUGGGAUUUGAAGUUGUUGAUAGGUUUGGAAACAUAAUCCAACAACUUAUGCAAUAUGAGAUGACGGUGAGGCACUGUGACAACAUCCGCUCGGAUCCGUUGGAAUGGGAAAUGAAGAAUGGUAUAGUGACUUCUUUCUUCCUACCAAAGCAAAUUGGGGAAAACCAGAUGAUUGUCAGAAUUGUUGGUAAGGGAUUAAAUUCAAAGAACGGAUCGAGUUAUGUCUUUGAAAUUCCCGUCGACAUCCAUUAUCCAGCCUGUUCGCGCUCUCGAACCUUAAGGUACGUGGAUGGCGUUCGUAAACAAUGCAUUGCUGGCGAAGAAUGCACCUUCGAGGUAACGAUAUACGACGUUUUUGGGAGACCUGUGCAUCCAGAUUCAGAAGAUAUUUGUGAUAUAAAUGCGCAAAUAAUUUGUUCUGAAACAGAGUCGAGAGGACAACGUCAAGAGCAAGUCAAAACAAGAAAGAUCGAAGUACCAGAAUGUAGAUUUGACGUUGCAGUUGGUUUCAAAAAAACUGGUCUUAGAAAAGUAAGAUUAAGGGCGACAUGCAGAUCGAAGACCAGUUAUAGAGACAUUGAUGUCAAAGUUUUUCCUUCCUUUCCAUAUCGUUUAAACCAUGUAAGUUUUACAACAAAUGGUGCAGUUGACGAGAGUUUUUCUGCAGAUCUUACAGUGAUGUACAGGAAUCAAUGGUCAAUCUUGGAAGCUACCCUAGUUGAUUCGUUCGACAAUGUUGUUGGGGAACAGAGCAUCGACUACGAUAUUAGUUUUGUGUUGACCAGCGAUACUGAAGAGGAGAUGAAAGCUGAGUACAAGGAUGCGAAAAUCCAAAAUGAAAAACUCCGAGUGCUGGUGAAGAUUAAUCAGGCAGGAAAACACAAUCUUUCAAUAACUCUGGCAAAAAAGAGUGAUCCACUUGAAGUCGUUCGUUUGGAAGAUGUUGUGAUAAAAGUCAACGACGCACCACUUUACCUCGCCGGAUCAAAAAUCCAUUACCCGAAAUUUUGCGUCGCUGGUACACGGAUUCAACUACAAAUUCACCCGUUUGAUGUGUUCGGUUGUCCCUUGCCUGCAAACUCGACAAGCUGUUGCAGUCCCACAGACUCUCCUGUAAAGCUGAGUGGAAAUGAAGAAGCUAAUGAAGCCAUCGAUUUCGAAGUAAUAAAAAAGAAAUCGGGCAUGGUAAUUCGCUUUUCUGUCCUUCUGACAAAAUCUGGUAGAAGAAGAUUGGUUAUGACUGACAGGAAUGGAGGAGAAUCAAUGGAACGGCGCACUCACUCACAAUAUAAAGAAAUAUACGUCGGCGUAGCUCCCUCUUCGCCAAAACGGAUUACAAAUGUGGAAGUUAGCCGUUCCCAGGAACCCGUGGACAGGAGACAAAGACUAAAGGAAACAGGCACGUUGUAUUAUCGCGUCGAGUCGUUGCUAAAAUUUGAAGUUGUUGACGGGUAUGGAAAUCUCAUUGAGGAAAUCAAGGAUGAGAAGAAUUAUGAUGUUACGAUAGAGUACUGUGGAAAUGAUGUUGUUCACCGGUUAGAAUGGGAAAUGAGAGGUGGCAAAAUUUUUGCAAACUUUUCUCCAGAGCAAAUCGGGGAAAACCAAAUGAUUAUCCGAAUGGUCGAUACGAGAUUAGCUGGAAAGGAAGAAUCCAGUUGCACGUACCAAAUGCUCGUCGAUGUCCUUUGUCCACUUUGUUCACCCUUCUUAACCCUCGAGAACCUCACUGAUAUCCCUGUUCAAUGCACGGCUGGCGAAAGUUGUGUAUUCCAGGUAAAGUUAUACGACGUGUUUGGCAAACCAGUUCAUCCAGACUCCAAAGAUACAUGCGACAUAACUGCACAAAUAUCGCCGCUCAAAACAGUGUUGGAACGACAUCAAGAGCCAGUAAACGUAAAAAAGAUCGAUAUUCCUGAGUGUAUAAGAUUUGAUGUCACAGUUUGUUUUAAGAAAGCUGGUCGUAGAGAAGUCAAAUUGAUCCUGAAUCCUGGUUCUGUCCAGCUGUCCAGAUGUAAAGACGUUGAUGUCGAAGUUUUUCCUUCGACUCCGCGUUAUCUAAAACACGUGAAAUACACAACAAAUGGAGCUGUUGAUGAGAAUUUUUGUGCGGAUUCGAAAGUGAUGUACAGAAAUCAGUGGUCGACCAUUGAAGCAACACUGGUUGAUUCCUACGACAAUCCUGCACGAGAACAAAGUAACCGUUACAAAAUUGGUUUAGAGUUGACUAACGAUGGCGCAGAGGAGGUAGCAAUAGAAUACAAAGACGCGAAAAUUAAAAAUGAAAAUUUUCAAGUACAAGUAAAGAUUGACGAGGCAGGGGAAUGUAAUUUGUCGAUAACUCUCAAAAACAGAAGUAAUCCACGUGAGGUUGUUCAUUUGGAAGAAAUUCAAGUCAAAGUCGGCGAUGCACCUUUGUACUUUGCUGGAUCGGAAUUCCCUGUUCUAAAGCCUUGCGUGGUUGGCGAACAAAUUACGCUACAAAUGACUCUGCUUGACGUAUUUGGAUGCCCUUUAACUGCUGACUCAGUUCAUGAUUGCAAUCUCAAGUGUGAAAUUUCAGAUCUGGAUGAAGACAACGAGGCCAUGAACUUCGAAUUAGUCCGACACAAAUCGAAUGUUGUGUUUUACAUUUUUCUGUCAUUAACAAAAGCUGGUAGAAGAGAACUGGUAAUCUACGACGAGGACGGCAGUUCAAAGAAGUUAAGCAUGUUAGUUAAUCCUGAUCUGAACGAUGUCCAUUGGGAGCUCAUUGCUGUGAAGAAGACUGCCUUUAGAAGAGAAAGAUUGAUUUCAACAAUAGGCUUGUUUGAUCGUUUUGGUAAUGACGUAUCGAGCUUAUCUGAUUCAUCAAACGUUCCAGAACUUGUGAGGCAAAAUGGCCCUGAUGCACUGCAGAUUGCACGAAAAUCAAUGGAAUGCGACAAAUCAACUAUUCAUUUCUCCUUAAACAAAACAGGAAAGUAUGAGCUUUGUUUAUCUGAUGAAGAUGGUGAAAUUCUCCCGGGUACUUCGUUCUCGAUCACUGUUCAAGAUGCUCCUUUAGAUGGCAGACGUUCUUCGGUCAAUUGGAUACCUGAAUAUGAAGAUAUGGACGAUCAACCUGUGUUUCCCGAAGACAAAUCCUUCCGAUGUCGUUUGAGGCUGAAGGACGCUGCUGAUUGUGAUUACGAUACAAAGAUACAACACGAUUGUAUCAAAGUGAAAUAUCAUAACACUGAGGUAAAGAACGUAAAGGUUUCCUCUUCUGCAUAUAAAAGUGGGACUUACGAAAUUGUUGUUCCAUUGAAGAAUCUUGCAAAAGAUGAUCUAAACCCUGAAUUUUGGUGUUUCGUGAAUGGCGUUAAAAUUGAAAAGCCUUUAGAUCUGCCUACAUUUGAGGUUUUUGAGAAGUACGAUGAUGAUAAUAACUGCGUGACAGAGUUUUUAACGAUUUUUUGCUACGGGGUUACGAGGAAAGAUAUUAUUGGGGAAGAUUAUUGUCAUCUAAACAAUAUCAAGAGAGUUUGCGACAUGUAUGAAGAUCCCGAAGUUGAGGAAAAUAUUGAUGAUGAGAUUGAUGUUUAUGGUGAUGGUACAAAGGAAUCCAAACAAGAAAACAAUGAUAUUUGUGAUGAUGAUUAUGAUGAUAGCUGUGAUGACGACUAUUACGAUAAUGACACCAAUGGUGCUGAAAAUUUGGAUGAUUAUGAUGGUGAUGAUUAUGGUAAUGGUGAUGAUUAUAGUAAUGAUGAGGAUUGUGAUGUUGAACGUUGUACAGUUAUUGAACUCCCGAUAGACGAAAUCCUACACGAAGUAGAGAAUAAUAACUUUGUAAACAUCGCUUCACUCGAUCAGAUUAAAAACGUGGUACAGAAAUUUCGAGAUAUAUUGCUGCAUCUGCUCAGAGCUAUCCGGUAUCGUAACGAAGCCUUUGAUUUGGACACGUAUCGAGAAGAUUGGAAAGAAAGGGCAAAGAGGAAUUAUAAAAGAAUCGAAGAUGGGGAAUGUAUCGACAAAAAUCGCCCUCGUUUUUGCAGCCAAAUCAAAGAAAACUACGCUAAACUUAUGAGAAAAUAUCACAAUGAAGCAUGUGAAGAGUUUUUUCAAUUCUUUAAUGCUGAACGUGGUCAGAGUGAGAUUGAUCUUCAUGGAUUGUUGGUUGUUGAUGAGAAGAAACUCCGGGAAUAUGAACGGCAGCUUUGUUUCAGAGGUCGCAUGAGCUUGAUUGAGAUAGGAAGGAAAAUUAAUGAAGAACGGGAUCAUGGAAACGAGGCUAUAAGAAAAUUGAGCGAAAGAAUACAUAAGUAUGACAUGAAGAAGGCCAAAGAAGAUGGAGAACCGUGGCUUGAAAUCAUCGUCGGUUCUGGACACCACUCUAAAGUAAAAGAGCGCCAACGUAUUCGACCCAAGGUUGAAGAAUUUUUAAAAAAUCGUGAGGGGAAGUACGCCAAUUUUAAACCAGUUAACAAAGGAGCUUUGGUGGUUACAUUUGAGCCGUAUGCUGGUAGACAGCCAUGUUAUGGGGAAUAUUAUUGCACCAAAUGUGACAAUCGGUGGCGAAAUGGUCGAAGUUGGAUCGGAAAGUGGCAAGGCUGUUACGACUGCUACGAGGAAAGCGGAUUGGUUAUUAAAUGUUACCCACUCAAGCAGCGUUCUUGGAGGAAACAUCAAUUUUACCAUCACAAAACAGCCUCCAUAAACCGAAAGCCAACUCCAGAACACCUCGAAGAACUUUGCGCGAAGUGCAUUGAACUGAAACAUCCGUGUCCACAAGUCACAUGGACAUGGUGCAUGGAUGAUUACAGCUAGUAAAUGGUACUGAUUCAUGCAUGAAUUUAAGAACUUUCUUCAAGAACUAAGAAUGUAUGCAAAGAUUUAAACGAUUUUUUUAGAUUAUAGGUAAUAGGAAGUGUUAUAUAGGUAAGUUUGAAACCAAUCAUUUAAACCUAGGAAACUUGGGAUGAAGAUGUUUAUUGUAAUUAUUAGAUUGCAAUUAUUAGAUUAAAAUCCAAUGCAUGAUUCAUGGUAACUGUUUGAAUCACAUGUUCUUCUCGUUGGUGAACGGAGUCAACCAGACAAAUAAUUCCACCAACUAAGAACGGCUAUGCACCACCACCUGACCCUGCAACUUCCUUGCAACUUGCGAUGCAAUUAUAAUUUUAGAAUUAUAAUUUUAGAAGUUUCCAAAGAAGUUGCAUAGUGUAACACCGCCUUUAGUAUAGUAAUUGUAAAAGGCAAAUUAAAAUUGCAUUCAGUAUCAUAUGUACCUAUUUUCGAAGACAAUUAUACAAU